AUCAGAUUGAAGGAGGUGGGGUCUUUGAUUUUUUUUUCACUUUCUUCCUUAUUUGCUGGUCAAUUUAUAUUCUCUAUGGCUUUAUUUUUCCAAAGCAAUUUCAGAACUAUUGAUCUCAUUUGGUCUUAAGAGCUUUCCUUUAAGGCAGGUUAUAUCAUCCCCAUAUUGAAGACAAGGAAUUGAAGUCCAAGAGAGGCAGUGUCGUUAAUGCUGCAUAUUUACAUGGUAGGGUGGGUGGUGUGUCCAUGCUCCCCGUGUAAGUUUCCUACACCGAGCCCUGCUGACCCUGAUGACAGUCCUAUGGAAGAACCUGGUAUCCCCUGCACAUCGCAGGACUCACAGAUCUCUGGGAGAAAGUAAAUAUAAAUGGGUGCUAAGCUUAAACACACCCUUGGACAAAGGCAAGACAGACAGACUCCAGGCCUCAUUUGAGUUCUGGGAUGGGUACCCUAAUCCCUCUAAACCAUACCACUGAAUGGUCUUUUAUACACUGAGAUGGCGCUUCUUCCACAACAGACCGUGUCCUGUGAGUGUGUGAGGUGUGGCAGAAUUAAGGAAAUGAUAAUCCCCUUAGAUGGGCCAGCAGAAUAUUUGAGAUCACCUUCAGAGCAAAGAAAACACAUCGUCUCCCCAAAUCUCAUGACUUAUCUGACUGCUUAAAAUAAGUAUCAUUGUCCUCCCUCUGUCAUCUUAACUUCAUCACAGGCUUUAUAUUUUCAGACCUUUCACACUAACCGUCUGCCUAGUGAGUGAUGACUCAUACAAAGCUCAGUGUCCAUUGGUUCUUUUCUCAGACUCUGUCCAAUCCCAGGAUCACAGAAGACUGCUUGGGUUCAUGGUCUCUAAUAUUUCAGACAGGAGCUCCCCUUAGUGAGUCAUUCUUUUCCUGACUGCAACUCUUUUCGUUUUGCCACCCUUUUCCAGCUCCACGAUGGUUCUGCAGGUUUCUGCGGCCCCACAGACAGUGGCUCUGAUGGCGUUACUGAUGGUACUGCUCACAUCUGUGGUCCAGGGCAGGGCCACUCCAGAGAAUUACGUGUACCAGAGACUGUUUGAAUGCUAUGCGUUUAACGGGACACAGCGCCUCCUGGACAGACUCAUCUACAACCAGGAGGAGUACAUCCGCUUCGACAGCGACCUUGGGGAGUACAGGACGGUGACGGAGCUGGGACGGCGUACUGCUGAGUACUGGAACAGCCAGAAGGACAUCCUGGAGCUGGAGCGGGCCGAGGUGGACAGGGUGUGCAGACACAACUAUGAGCUGGAGGAGCCACUCAUCCGGAAGCGCCAAGUCCAGCCUAGGGUGAAUGUCUCUCCCUCCAAGAAGGGGCCCUUGCAGCACCACAACCUGCUUGUCUGCCACGUGACGGAUUUCUACCCAGGCAACAUUCAAGUCCGAUGGUUCCUGAAUGGACAGGAGGAAACAGCUGGGGUCGUGUCCACCAACCUGAUCCGUAAUGGAGACUGGACCUUCCAGAUCCUGGUGAUGCUGGAAAUUACCCCCAAGCAGGGAGACGUCUACACCUGCCAAGUGGAGCACCCCAGCCUGGACAGUCCUGUCACCAUGGAGUGGAAGGCACAGUCUGAUUCUGCCCGGAGUAAGACGCUGACGGGAGCCGGGGGCUUCGUGCUGGGGCUCAUCAUCUGUGGAGUGGGUAUCUUCAUGCACAGGAGGAGCAAGAAAGUUCAACGAGGAUCUGUAUAAACAGCAUUCCUGACCUCACCAAAAAGACUAAUGUGCCUUGGAACAAGCAUUUUCUGUGUUUCGUUAGCACCAGCGGCUGGUACCCGGACAGACCCCCAGCUUCCCAAAGGAUCCUGCUACCAAGAAGUUGCUCUGAAGCCAGUUUCUAUUGUUCUGCUCUUUGAUUCCAUGCACGGUUUCUCGCACUGGGCCUCCAACCAUGUUCCCUUCUUCUCAGCGCCAUAAAUAAUCAAAACCCAACAUGAGUGUUUAUUUUCUUUUAAAAAUAUACACCAAAUCACCUCUCAUCACUUUUGUUUAAGGGUUUUAGUAAACAAUAGGAGUUAAUAAAGAAGUUCAUUUUGGUUUACACGUAGGAAAGAAGAAAACCAUGGCUUCCUUCCUUCCUUCCUUUCUUCUUUCUUUCUUUCUUCUUUCUUUCUUUCUUCCUUUCUUCUCCCUCUGUUGCCGAGGCUGGACUGUACUGCAGUGAUCUCCGCUCGCUGCAACCUCCCCGCCUCGGGCUCCCGUUAUUCUCCUGCCUCAGCCUGCCGAGUGCCUGGGAUUGCAGGCUGGAGGCAGUGGCGUGAUCUCAGCUCACUACAACCUCCAACUCCCAGCCGCCUGUCUUGGCCUCCCAAAGUGCUAAGAUUACAGCCUCUGCCCAGCCGCCACCCCCUCUAGGAGGUGAGGAGCGUCUCUGCCUGGCCGCCCAUCGUCUGGGACAUGAGGAGCGCCUCUGCCCGGCCUCCCCGUCUGGGAUGUGAGGAGCCCCUCUGCCCGGCCGCCACCCCGUCUGGGAAGUGAGGAGCGCCUCUGCCUGGCCGCCCUGUCCAGGAGGUGAGGAGCACCUCUGCCCGGCCGCCACCCCCUCUGGGAGGUGAGGAGCGCCUCUGCCCAGUCACCCCGUCUGGGAAGUGAGGAGCGCCUCUGCCUGGCCGCCCCGUCUAGGAGGUGAGGAGCAUCUCUGCCCGGCGCCACCCCGUCUGGGAGGUGAGGAGCGCCUCUGCCUGGCCGCCACCCCGUCUGGGAGGUGAGGAGCGCCUCUGCCCGGCGCCACCCCGUCUGGGAGGUGAGGAGCGCCUCUGCCCGGCCGCCACCCCGUCUGGGAAGUGAGGAGCGCCUCUGCGCGGCAGCCACCCCGUCUGGGAUGUGAGAAGCGUCUCUGCCCUGCUGCCCCGUCUGGGAGGUGAGGCGCGCCUCUGCCCCACUGCCACACCGUCUGGGAGGUGAGGAGCGCCUCUGCCUGGCAACCCCGUCUGGGAAGUGAGGAGCGUCUCUGCCUGGCUGCCCCGUCUGGGAGGUGACAACGGCCUCUGCCCAGCUGCGCUGUCUGCGAUGUGAGGAGCGCCUCUGCCUGGCUGCCAUCCCGUCUGGGAGGUGUACCCAACAGCUCCGAAGAGACAGCGACCAUCAUGAACGGGCCAUGAUGACGAUGGCGGUUUUGUCAAAAAGAAAAGGGGGAAAUGUGGGGAAAAGAAAGAGAGAUCAGAUUGUUACUGUGUCUGUGUAGAAAGAAGUAAACAUAGGAGACUCCAUUUUGUUCUGUACUAAGAAAAAAUUCUUCUGCCUUGGGAUGCUGUUAAUCUAUAACCUUACCCCCAACCCCAUGCUCUCUGAAACAUGUGCUGUGUCAACUCAGGGUUAAAUGGAUUAAGGGCCGUGCAAGAUGUGCUUUGUUAAACAGAUGUUUGAAGGCAGCAUGCUCGUUAAGGGUCAUCACCACUCCCUAAUCUCAAGUACCCGGGGACACAAACACUGCGCGGAAGGCCGCAGGGACCUCUACCUAGGAAAACCAGAGACCUUUGUUCACGUG